AUUUGAAGCUGUCAGAAAUUCAUUAUUUUGGAAGAACCGAUUACGGCAAUGGGGGCGGUCACAGGAUCGACGAUCAUUCCUUGGGCCAAAACGACCAUGCCGGAAAGCAGGACCACCACAGCUGGAUUCAUUUUCUGAGGUUGUGAACCCGAAGAACUCUACUUAUACUUCUAGCGUACAGUGGCGUACAUAAGAGUUCAGGGAAGCCCAUGGGUCUCAAUGGGGGAGGAGAG